UGUCAGAGGGAGAGAGCGAGCAAGCCCCGGGACCCAGACAGACCUCCGAGUGGGAGACACAGAGACCGCCACCGGACAGCCAGGGCCACGAGAGCGAGAGCGACCACUUCGGGUCCUCCACAGAGCUGUCCCCCUCCCUCCGCGCCCCUGAAAUGGAGGACAGGAGCGGUGAGUUCUAGAGGUGUGCAGUAUUCUGCUCCUGCUCCUUGCCUGGUCUAUAAGCGCUACGCUGUUCACAUAUCUUUUCAUUUUGAUUCAGAGGAGGGGGACCCUCAAACCAUGCCGCCAGCACCCCCCACUCCUCCCACUAAGAGGAAAAGCAAGUUUUCUGGGAUUGGGAAAUUUUUCAAGCCUUGGAAAUGGCGGAAAAGAAAGACUAGUGAUACUUUCCGAGAGACCUCAGAGGUCUUAGAACGGAAGAUCUCUAUGCGGAAACCUCGAGAGGAGCUGGUGAAGAGAGGGGUAUUGAUUGAGGUGCCCGAGGAAGAUGUUCCAGUAAUCUCCGAUUCCCCUACUUUAAGAAAUGGGCAUACAAAUGUGGUGCCUGCAGAGCCUCAGAAAGAUGAGGUUGUGUUGAAAAGAAAUGGUGAACCAGAAUCUGCAGUGCAUCGUCCCACAUCUGAAGUGAAUCCUGUGAAGGAUGUCUUCAAAGAGCCCACAAAACAACCACUUCUACCCCCAAAAAGACCACUAUCCACUUCUAGCUCCAUCACCCAGGAGGUUCAUAAAGAACAAAAUGUUGAUUCUUCACCUACCAUUUCUCGGACAGCAAAUUCUGCUCCAUCUCCUGCACCAAGGACCAAGCUCCCACCCCCAGUAGCACACAAACAACCCCCGAUCCCUCCUCCCAAACCUCAAAAUCGCAACAGUAACCCAUUGAUGGCGGAGCUGUCAAUGGCAGUCGGAGGGAGUACACUUACACCUGCUGGCUCAAGACCUUCUCCUCCUCUUCCCAACAAGCGAGGAUUUAUGCCACAUGUAGACAAUGUGGUCAACAAGGAGAAGACUGCGCGUCCUGCUUCACUUCCUCCACUUACUGUAAAGGAAGUCCCAGCACCACCGCCACCUCCUCCAUCUCCACCACUUCCAUUUCACAGUCCACCUUCUCCUACUCAGGAUGCACCCUUUGCGCAACCUAUUGCCAGUACACAAGAGGAAAAAGAACAAAUCCCCAACGUCCCCUUACUGCCUCUUCACAUUCGAAUUCAGCAGGCUUUGAGCAGCCCUCAACCAAUAUCCACCUUGGACAAUAGUCAACGGGCACAUUCCCUUCUCUUUGUGGCCAAUGAUGGGGGCACUGGUGAAGAGAAACAAAGAGUGAGGUCCCUGCCUGUUACUAUUGAACUUCUCAAAGUGCCUGAUGAUGACGAUGAUGAUGAAGUUAGCCUGGAGGAUGAUAGCUUGUCUCCGGAGCACCCAGAUCAUGCCCCAAGAGUGUAUAUUGGUGAUGUCCCUUCGGUGACUGUUAUACCAAGCUACAUACCAUCAUGUGUCCAAGAGGAGGAUGAGGAAGAUAAUGUCAGUGACAGUGACUCUGAAGGACCAAUCCUGUACAAAGAAGAGGAUGAUGACGAUGAUGAGGAGGAAGAAACAAGCUCCCUUGCUAACAAAGUAAAGAGGAAAGAUACUCUGGCAAUGAAGUUGAGUGGAAGGUCAGGUUCUCAGGAGUCCAGCACAGAGAUACCUCAUCGAAGCAGAGAAGAAUGGACUCAGAUCCGGGAGCAAAUUGGUUCUCAGCUGAACCGGAGAUUAAGCCAGAGACCUACUGCUGAGGAACUGGAGCAGAGGAACAUUCUGAUACAAAAUGAAGCUGAUCGUCUGGCAGAGAAACGAGAGAUUAAAAGACGUCUGACACGCAAGCUAAGUCAGAGACCCACAGUGGCAGAGUUGUUAGAAAGGAAGAUUCUUCGUUUUAAUGAGUAUGUGGAAGUAACGGAUGCUCACGAUUAUGACCGGAGAGCAGAUAAACCUUGGACCAAACUGACUCCUGCUGACAAGGCAGCUAUACGAAAGGAAUUAAAUGAUUUCAAAAGCACGGAAAUGGCUGUCCACGCUGAAAGUAAACACUACACACGGUUCCAUCGACCCUAAUCUACACAACAAGAAGGGAGAAGAGGACUGUUAGGGGGCAAUAGAGCACUUACCUACCUGAAUCCUGUGCCAAUUUCAAGCCCUACCCUGUGGUUAACUUUUCUCUUUCCUGAUGCCCAAACAUCUUAAUGUUGAGGGGUUGAAAGACAUGAUUUUUGUGGUUCCAUUUCUGUUUGUUUUGGAAUCUAGAAAUGUCUUAUAACUGGAAUAAGUCUCUCACUUUUAGUGUGGAGCUCCUCCAAUAGACUGCUUCCUGAGAUUAAUAAUAGUAUCAUUACAGUUGUGCCCUCUUAAUUUUGUGCCCACUUGGUGCCUUAUUGCAAUUGUUUAAGGGGCUAGGCUGGCCCUGCCUCUCCUUUCUUUUUAUAUCCAUAAAUGGAUCCCUCUUAUUUCUCUUCAAGACAGGGACGGCUUUAUUUUGCCUCUGUCUGCAGGGCUAUCCAGGUUGUGUGACCUCGCUCAGGGAAUGGAGGUAUGGAGUGUAUACAUUUUUAUGGUCAAACAUGAGCAACGCUCAUAGUAUCACUGUAUACCAUCUUAACCACUGUGUACUGACUACUAGAGUAUGGACUGUAUUAAAAUGCUGUAACUGUAUAAUGGUUUAUAGCACCAGUGACCACAGUAAAGACUUUUAUUUGUCUCCUC